GCGCAACCACCACCGAAACCUCCUCAUCAAUUUACUUAUUUACUGUCGUUGAGUACGCAGCUGGUUCAGUACGCCGCUGCUUUAUAAGAGCAAAGUAGCUCAAAUCGAUCGCAACCACCCCGCACUCUCAGACUCUCAGUCCAGUUCCCAGUCCCACGCCGGCCGGCCGUUCGUCCGACAUGCAUUGGAGCGACGAGGAGACGUCUGUUCUCGUCGACGCUUGGGGCCCGCUGUACCUCGGCCGCAACCGAGGCUCCCUCAGCAUGGAGGAGUGGGACUCCGUGUGCAGAGCCGUCGACGCACACCACGCCGCCGCCGGGCUCGACUUCAGCCGCAACCCCGCCGGCUGCAAGAGGCGCAUCUCUGCACUCAAGGCUCGGUACACGGAGGAGGCCGCCAAGGAGCAGCCGACGUCGGCGUGGCGCCACUUUGCUCACCUCCGGGCGUUCCUGGCCGACCCCAGCGGCGGGCCUCCGGGCUUCGGCGCCAAGAAGCCGGAGGCGUCCGUGAAGAAGGAGAAAAAGAAGGUGGAGGGGGCGAGUGGAUCGGUCGGCACGACCAAGGUCCCGGCGAAGCGCCAGUUUUCGAGCCUACGGGACAUCCUGGCAAAGACGCCGGCGACCGUGAAGGAGGAGGAGGUGGUCGGCUGCGGGUGUGAGUUGGUUGGGGGUUCGGCGGCGGGGGUGAGCGUGACGAAGCUGGUGGCGGAGAUGACGAGGCUGGCGGAGGUGCACGAGCGCGUGGAGAUGGAGAGGCUCAAGUUCAUGAAGGAGAUGCUCAUGAUGAAGAUGAAGGAGGAGGAGGAGACGGAGGACGUGAAGCUGGAGCGCAAGAAAGUGAAGGCGGAGAAUGAGGAACAAGUCCACGGCAACUAACAUCAUGGGACAGGGGAUUUGGUCUGCAGGCUGAUGCGUUUAGGCUGAAAAUCCAGUAGAGUAGGAGUAGUAGUGUUUGUGCUUCACUGUAUCUUGUUUUACAUCUAGUUUUACUUACUGCAUUUGUGGUUGUACUCCGCACUUACCAUGUACCGUAGCUAGUAGUUUUGAAUCAGUAGUAGGAUUAUAAUCCAGUGUUUGUGUC